GAUUUCUGGGCCUUCGGCGACAAUGGCGCUGCUGGAGGUGUGCGGAGCCCCCCGAGGGCUGCGGAAGGCUUGCGCUGUCCCCGCCUUGGGAAGCCAGCUGCGCUCGGACCCCGGACACUACAGUUUCUCCCUCCGAGCUCCGGAGCUCGCCGUCCCCCGGGGAAUGCAGCCCACUGAAUUCUUCCAGUCCCUUGGUGAGAAUGGAGAAAAGAACAUUCGGAAGGAGAUGGUCCAUGGCACCACCACACUGGCCUUCAAGUUCCAGCAUGGAGUGAUUGUGGCGGUGGAUUCUCGGGCUACUGCUGGGAAUUAUAUUAGCUCCUCAAGGGUUAACAAGGUGAUUGAGAUUAACCCUUCCCUGCUUGGCACCAUGUCUGGCUGUGCUGCAGACUGUCAGUACUGGGAGCGUCUGCUGGCCAAAGAGUGCAGGCUGUACUACCUGCGGAACGGGGAGCGUAUCUCAGUGUCAGCAGCCUCCAAACUGCUCUCCAACAUGGUGUACCAGUACCGGGGCAUGGACCUCUCCAUGGGCAGUAUGAUCUGUGGCUGGGAUAAGAAGGGUCCUGGACUCUACUAUGUGGAUCAAAAUGGGACUCGGCUCUCAGGAAAUAUGUUCUCCACUGGCAGUGGGAGCACUUAUGCCUAUGGGGUCAUGGAUAGUGGCUAUCAGCCCAGUCUCAGCCCUGAAGAGGCCUAUGAACUGGGCCGCAGGGCUAUUACUUAUGCCACCCACCGAGACAGCUAUUCUGGCGGUAUUAUCAACAUGUACCACAUGAAGGAAGAUGGUUGGGUGAAAGUGGAAAGUACAGAUGUCAAUGAACUACUGCACCAAUACCAAGAGGCCAAUCAGUAACAGGGGUGGCUGGGCAUGCCUUUUCUGGCAAAACCUGGUCAACUCAGGGGCUUGGGUUGGCUUAUACCCCAGAGCAAAGGGAAGCCUAACCUGAGCCCUGAGGGAAAGAACCAGGGGCCAGUGGGGGUAGGAUAGAGUUUACCUUCUUGUGUGUUCUCUUGUUUCAGGUAGUUCCCCCCUACCCCACCCUCUGGGUGCCCCACUAAGUAGAAUAAAGGAAAAUGGUUAUAAAU